AUGAAAUCGCCCGCAUCAUUAAGCAUCCUCUUGUUUCUUUCUCGCGUUGCGUCUGCAGCAAUAUGCAACAAUAACUGCGGCCGCCAAGUUGCGGGCACGGGUAGGAAUGAUCCAUCUCUUGCUUCGAGGUCAUCUCUUUGUGCGGCCUUCGUGAGUGCGCAUGCCACGGUCCCUUCCACACCUCAACCCACUGUUACUCUGUCGGUUCCAUCCCCCGUGCAGAAGAGAAAUGUCCAUGGCCCGCGUCAAGAGACCCCCGCGCCUACGAUCCUUGGCACAAAGCCUGCGUACGCCAGCUCUUGCCCCGAUGUAGCUGCCUAUUGGUCGGCAUGUCAAUGCUUUGACGGUAUCAAGCCGACACCCAUCCCUGUGACGGAGCCGACAGGUGUCGCUUCUUCGACCGCUUCGGCUUCCUGCACCCCAGGCGCUGAGUUUGCUCUCCAUGUGAUUGAAGAGAGAUCAAACUUGUGUAGGAACACUCUUCAAAACGAAGAUGUCAGGGCCAAUACGUACAAUCUUGAAAAUCUCGUGCAAGGCCGUGUUCCGGUCGGUAUUGGUCGCGCAGAAGUUCCGAGAUACAACCAAAAUGACGAGAACCAACCAAUCAACUACAGGGAGGUUCAAGGCCCCACAGGAUCAACGAUCAAGUGCAACUUUCUUGUCCAUCGCGGCUACCUCAAGGCAUCUCUCAGCGGAUCUUAUGAGUUCAUCGUCGGUGAGGCUGACGACGUGGUGAUGGUCUGGCUGGGGGAUAAGGCCAACGAGUUCAUCUACUUUGAAACCGUGGAGGAGUACAUCCCCUUCCGUAUCUUCUGGUCCAAUGGCAGGGGUGGCGGAGCUUUCAGCUCCGGGGUCUAUCCAGAUUACACUCUAGGGCUGGACCUCCCCGAAGGUACUGUGAUCGAGGACCCCAAGCUAUGA